AUGCGUGUUGCAAACACCGCAGUCAUAAGAGAACCGUAUCAGAUACCAACUCUGGAAGAAGUGCUGCAUGAGUUCAACGGGUGCACAGUGUUCACAAAGCUGGACCUGAACAAGGGAUACCACCAAAUUGCUCUAGACGAGGCUAGCAGAGACCUUACGGCCUUUGCAACACACCGUGGUAUAUUCAGAUUCACAAGGCUGAUAUAUGGAAUCGCCUCUGCCGCUGAACAGUAUCAACGAGAAUUGGAACUUGCACUAUCAGGACUAUCUAAAGUACGUAACAUCUCAGAUGAUAUCAUUAUUGGUGGCACUAGUAAUCAAGAUCUACUGGAUCGCAUGCAAUGCGUAUUUGAGCGUCUCCGAGAGAAAAAUCUCACAGUAAACCUAAAGAAAUGCGAGUUUCUGAAGACUGAGCUUAUCUACAUGGGUUACAAGUUGUCAAAAGAUGGAAUUGUACCGGAUGAGAGGAAAGUACAAGCUAUAGCUGACCUCAAACCACCAACUAAUGUGAAAGAAUUGCAAUCCUUUCUCGGCAUGGUGACAUACUGCUCCAAAUUCUCACCACACUUCUCAACUGUGACUGCACCAUUGCGUCAACUACUCAGCAAAGACACCAAAUGGAGCUGGGGUGAUGCGCAACGACAAGCGUUCAAUGAUCUUAAGAUCAUGCUGUUAUCCAGUGCGACACUUGCUUACUAUCAACCUGACGCAUACACCGAAAUCUUUACUGAUGCAUCCCCUGUUGGGCUUGGCGCAGUUAUAAUGCAACGUCAGCCAGAUGGUAUCUUAAAACCAAUUGGAUAUGCCAGUCGCUCACUACUAAAUGCAGAAACAAGAUAUAGCCAGAUUGAAAAGGAGUGCUUGGCUAUCCUAUUUGCAAUAGAGCGGUUUCGAAUCUAUCUUUAUGGUAUAGAAUUUGUUGUUAAAACCGACCACAAGCCGCUAGUGACAAUGCUCUCCCCUCGUAGGAAACAGCUUCCACCACGCAUUGAACGCUGGGUUAUGAGACUCAUGCCAUACGCAUUCAAGGUUGAGUAUCACCCACGCAGAACCAAUGGAGCAGAUUACCUGUCACGGUCAAACCCGAUGCAAGACAAUACACCAUCGCACCGAAUGACUGAGGAAUUUGUCAACUUUAUUCAAAGUAAACAACUACCAGUUGCCAUACCAAAGAAAGACAUUCGUGAUGCACAGAAUGAUGAUCCUGCCAUUGCCCUCAUUAAGAAACACCUUGCAUCUGGAACCAUUCCAAAAUUGGAUGUUAUUAAAGAGUAUUAUCCCUCACGUUUGCAACUAUCCAUUGUCAAUGACAUUCUCAUGUUUGCCAACAAAAUUGUCAUCCCGCCAACCCUGCGAGAAAGCAUCAUCUCCAUUGUACAUGAAGGACAUCAGGGACAAGUACGCACAAAACAACGUCUGCGGAAAAAAGUAUGGUGGCCACGCAUGGGCUCCUCGGUUGAAGCCCACAUUAAGUCAUGUCAUGGAUGUCAAGUCACCGCUGGUGCACAAAUCAAAACUCCAGUAGUAAUGACAGAAAUACCUGAUUCAGCUUGGUUGAUGUUGGGUUGUGACCUUUGCGGUCCGUUCCCUACUGGUGAACACCUGCUAGUAUGCAUUGAUUAUUACAAUGCUGCUAAUAUCGUUGACAAACUUCGUAAAAUGUUUUGUCGUUAUGGUGCGCUAGAGAUAAUAGUGACCGACAAUGGACCACAAUUCCGGAGCAAUACAGAUUUCGCUACUUUGAUGAAAGAAUUUGGGGUGGAGCACCGCAAAGUUACCCCAUACCAACCCGAGGCAAAUGGUGAGGUUGAAAGGAUCAACAGAAAUCUGAAGAAAACCAUCCAAGCUGCAAUUGCUGAAAAUCAGAACUGGCGAACUGCCCUCCAGAAUUACCUAUUAGCAUACCGUACCACACCGCACGCAACCACUGGUGCCACUCCUGCAGAGCUUCUGUUUAACAGACCGGUUAAAGACAAGCUACCAGCCUCAACCACAAGUUCCAAAAACACCAUGUCUGUCGUUAAAACCGCAUCCAAAAAGAGAGAAUCGCGAAAUAUGCAGACAAACGCAACAAUGCUCGCAGUCAUGUCAUCCAACCUGGGCAAAAGAUGGCGCGAUGAACCUUGUACUGUUACUGCUGUAAAAGGAAAUGCAAUUUUCAUUGAAGACGGUACAAAAACUAUGAUGCGCACUUCCUCUCACGUCAAACCCUACUUCAUGCGAAAUAACCAGCGGUCAAAUAAACGACAUCUUCAACAACCGACAGUGACAACCGAUUCUGCAACAGAAAGCUCUGAUGACGAUUUUGACCUGCCACCAACUGUAAACGACCCUGGGAACGAAACCGACUUGACGUCAUCUGGUGAUACCGUUGUCACAGAAAGCCCAUCCAGUGACGAGACCAUUGCGUAUGGCGAGGAAGAGGUGAAUGAUGAAGAACUCUUCGUUCCAAAUAGAAACACACGUACUCGAAACGUUAAACCACCACCUCGUUUCAAAGAUUUCGUUACUGCUUGGGAGAGAUGUGAUAUCUGUUUUGCCUCUCGCGCACGCGGAGCUUACAUGCCUUCCGACAUCGCCUUUGCUUUUAUAUUUUGUUACGGAUCUGUAGGUCAUUGUUUAGGAGAUCGUAAGAUGGACCUGAAAAUUAACCCGAUCCGAUUUGUAUUUUAUCUUAGUAUGUUAGGUCAGAGAAUAACAUUCAGUUAUCAACGAAUAUACAUGGUGUCAGAAGUGAGCCUUCGACUCCUGGAUAUUUUUCCAUCAAUUGGUGAGAUUGCACGCAAGCAAGCACUCUCUUAUCAACAAAAAAACAUCGUAAGUAGAAACUGA